AUGAACGACCAAGAGGAGGAGGAGGACGAGGAAACCCUACAGCUCAAGUUGCAGGAGAUCCAGGCCAGGUUAAAGCUCAAGAAACUUCAGAGCGCAAGGGAGAAGACAGCUGUGCCCCCAUCGCCCAGGCGCAGAUCACCACCACCACAACCAAGACCAUCCUCGAGAAUAUUUGGACAGGGCGCGGGCCGAGCUGCCGCCAGGCCUUUGUCACUUCCCGCCGCCCCAAAUAUUGAGGUGCCUGUCUCCCCAACAAGAAAGGCCCCGCCCCCUCAACCACAAACUUCACCAAGUCGGGUUCUUCUGGGAAUAGACAAGGGACUGAGAGCGAAAGACAUCUCGUUGAAAAGAGCUCCAAGUGCGCUGCGCAGAAGGCAAGAUGGAGAACAACAAUUUGGCGGCUACCUCCAGAGGUCAAGGACCCCCGGACCCCAACCCACGUCUGAAAUAUCUCGGCCGCUGAGUUUCAACGAGAGGUUAGCUGCAGCAAGGACAACAGAGCAGGAUCGGCAAGGUUUAAGAGACAGGGUCCAAAAGGUCAGGUCCAAUGCAUUUGAUAUUGGACGGAAGGAGAUGGACGAAUACAAAUCAAAGGCCGUCGACCUACCCGACCAACCCGACGCAGCGCCACAGUUCACACGAGAAGAAAUCCUCGGUUUGGAGCCCAAGAUCGAGCAAGCACCAAGAGACGGGCAACUAGCUCUCCCGGCACCGCCAUCAACAUCCGUAGAUGGACCCCAGGGCCUUUAUCAACCACCGCCUGACUGGAUGUUGCCACAAUCGAAGCCAGCGAAGCCUAAGAAGCUAGCACCUGCAGAUGUCCCCGAAUCCGAAGCUUCGGCAUUCGAGCCGUAUUCUAGCUUCCACCUUUCGCAGCGCAUUCUGCCACACCAGGUCCUAACCAGGCACCUCUCUGAGAAAAAGAUUUUCAAGUUACCAGAUUUACUCCGCAAAGUCAAGGGGCCCGAGUUUCAGCUUCCAGAUAUCGAGCAAGAUAUCGUCGUCUUCGCCAUUGUGGCCAAAAAGUCGGAACCACGCUCGCAUAAACCCAGACCGGACCAAAAAGGGAAACAGACAGACAAGGGCAAAUACAUGGUGAUUACGCUAUGUGAUUUGAAGUGGGAGCUUGAGCUAUUCCUCUUUAACUCGGGGUUCACUCGGUUCUGGAAGGUCACAGAAGGCACCGUGCUGGCAAUCUUGAAUCCUACGAUCAUGCCGCCACCGGUCGGCCGCGAAGCCACUGGUCGUUUCAGUCUGGUCAUCAACUCGGAUGCCGACACAAUCAUGGAAGUAGGGAAGGCUCGGGAUCUGGGCUUCUGCAAAUCCAUCAAGAAGGACGGCGAGUACUGCAAUUCGUGGGUUAACAAGAAACGAACAGAGUUCUGCGAGUUUCAUACCAACGAGGCAGUCUCCAAGCAACGCGCAGCACGCAUCGAGAUCGGCACCAUGGAUUUCGGCAUGAGUGGUGCAGAGAAAUGGCGAAUGAACUCUCGUUACGUCCCCAAGCCCCCUACCGCGGCAGAACAGAAGAAGAGCCAAUACGACAGGGAAACCCAUAGCCAUUGGUUUGCCACGAAAUCCAUGAGCGCGGCACAGCUUAUAGACGGUGCCCAGGCUCUCGCGGAUCGGAGGGAGAAAGAAGAGGGGCUUAAGAAGCGGAUGCUUCAACAAGAGCGAGAACGCGGAAUCAUGCAGCGCUUGGGCAAGAUCGGCACCGGUGCUGGAAGGGAUUAUAUGAAAAAGACAGAACGUGGUCCUGCUUCCAGUGUAUCCGCUUCCUUCCCCCCGCCGGGACCGUCGUCAUCCAACGCCAUUGAAGAAGAAGCGAAGCCCGAUGCUAAAGCUUUGGGUCUGGUAGGAUCGAGGAGUAGGGACCUCGCGAUCCACCUGAGCCCUAUAAAACGCAAGAGGCCGCAGAGCGCGCAAUCCAGCUCUUCGGUCGGAGCUCCAGCAUCAGCAACAACUGGCGCGAAGUCUGGUUUCGGUUGGGGUGGCAACCUCAAGGACAAGCUGAGCAAGAUGAAGGAGGGCGAAAAGUUGAGCAACGACAAACCACCGGUCCGGAAAAAGACGAGAUUCGUGACGGAGAAAGGCAUUCGCGAAGCUGGGAGGGAGAGCUUGGGGAUGGACCUGCCACAGACAGUUUCCUUUGAAGAUGAUGAUGACGACUUGGUUAUUCUUCGGUGA